GCAAUCUAACAGAAUCUGUAGUGGAAUACAUUUCAAAAAUAACCCUCCCAACCCUGGAUUUAUGUAUACUAAAUUUACCUAAAAUAUGUAACAGAUUAAUCAAAUAAUAUUUAUUUUAGGAUUAGCCUUCCGGGUACGCCUACAAAUUGACGUCAUAGACAAACAUGCACGUUUCAAUGGAGGCCCGGCAGGUCACGUGACUCUCGCACCCGUGAUUUGUCCUCUUCACGUCGCGGUUUGCGUUGAAAGAUGGCCGUAGUGGAGCAGCGUCCGCCUGUGCGGGAGGGAAUGCGGAUCGCGGUGCUGUGCGUGUGCUGGUACACCGUCAGCUCGGGCGGCAAUGUGAUAAACAAAAUCAUUCUCAACAGCUUCCCCUAUCCGGUUACGGUCUCUCUUUUCCACAUCCUUUCAAUCAUCGUGUUUUUGCCGCCGCUGCUGCGCGCAUGGGGUGUCCAGCGCAUUGAGGUGUCGGCACGCUACUACCGCUGGUACAUCCUGCCGCUCGCCUUCGGGAAAUACUUCUCCUCCGUCUCUGCCCAUUUCAGCAUAUGGAAGGUUCCGGUGUCGUACGCGCAUACUGUGAAGGCCACCAUGCCCAUCUGGGUGGUUCUGCUGUCACGGAUCAUUAUGAAAGAGAAGCAAUCCACAAAGGUUUACGUGUCUCUUAUACCAAUCAUUGGCGGUGUCCUGUUAGCCACAGUCACAGAACUGUCCUUUGACCUUUCUGGAUUGAUCAGCGCUCUGGCAGCCACUCUCUGCUUCUCUUUACAAAAUAUAUUCUCCAAAAAGGUCCUGCGGGACACCAGAAUUCACCACUUGCAUUUGCUGAACAUGCUAGGCUUUAAUGCACUUUUAUUUAUCUUGCCCACAUGGACUUUAGUGGAUCUCUCCAGCUUCCUGAUGGAUGGAGACCUGUCUGAGGUGUCCAAUUGGACCGGAACAAUAGUGCUGCUCUUCAUUAGUGGUUUCUGCAACUUUGCACAGAACAUGAUAGCUUUUAGUGUGCUGAACCUGGUGAGCCCACUCAGUUAUGCUGUAGCCAAUGCGACAAAGAGGAUUAUGGUCAUCAGUAUAUCCCUGCUGAUGCUUAGGAACCCUGUCAGCAGCUUCAACAUUAUGGGCAUGAUGACUGCAAUACUGGGCGUCUUUCUCUAUAAUAAGGCAAAAUAUGACGCCAACAAAGAAGCCAAAAAGAAACUACCGGUUUCAGCACAGGAUGUGGUUUCAUUCGACAAACCCCAAUCCAACGGCAGCGAGCCGUUCACCCAUAGCUCAGACUUUCAGCAUGGUCGGAGCACAGUGCUCACCGACCAUUUUCAAUACAGCCGACAGGCCUACACGACAAACUACAACUCCAGCCAGUAUGUUGUGUGAGCACUUUGGUGGACUCUAAAGACUGAUCUCAGACCUCCGUACUUGAAAACGGAUGGCUGUGUCUUUCGGAUGGACGAGGAAGCGUAGAAGUUGAUUGGGAAAGGAAUGUUUUCUCAUAAAAUCGUACUGUUUUUUUUUUAUAUAGACCUGUUAUUUAUUUCAUAACAAACCUUAUGUUGUUUACUUUCCCUCUUGCUUCAAUGUCCGAUGGCAGUUUAUGAUAAAAAUGCUCAGUGGUGUGUGUAGAAUUAUAGGAUGGUGAUGGGAUUUUUUUUUUUUUUUUUUUUUUUUAAUAUGGUGGAAAUCAUGAGCACUUUGGUUCCUAAUGGAUCAAGAUUUUUUUCUUUUGCACAGAUGCAUAUCAAUGCAGUACAGAAUGUAAUGUGUCUUCGUCACAAUUCGUCACUGCUACUGGCAGUGAGUGACCGACAGGCUAACAGCGAGACCUCUUCCAUAUAUAACAUACACUGGGUCACUGCAAACACGCAUGCAUCAGGGUAUUAGUCAAUAUUCUGUUUUUGCCUUUUUGUUUGUAAAUAUAAAAUUUUUAUAGAAUAAGGUGCAGUGUUAGAACAUAUCAUGGACUGAAAGACUGAAAACAGCCUUUUGAAAGUCUAAUAUCUGUGAAGGAAUCUUUUUUUCCUUUUGGGGAGGGUUUGUUUAAUCAGAGUUCACUGUUCAAGAUCACUUAUGUCAUGGUGUACUUUAUCAUGCAUGAUUUUCAUUAGGUUUUUUGUUUGUUUUUUUACUAAAGAGAAGACAAUAGGCCAAGACUUGCAAUGAACUUUUAAUAAUUCUAUCAUCUUAUAGCUCAAUAUUAAAUAUCUAGUUAUCAAUAUUCAGAGGAAAAAGGUUUACAUGAAGGUAUUUCAGUUUAUGGAAAGCAAAGAAAAGGAAUUGGGAUAAUCUAACAAUGAAGAGUCUAAAUUCUCCAUACCUAGAAUGCAAGUGGGUAUGGAAAUACUCAGAAGAGACCUAUCUUUAUGAGCUGCUGUUACAUGUAGGUGACUAUAAGCUGAGUGAGAACAAUCCUAUAUAAAGGUGCAAUAUUCCUUUCAAUUAUGACAGAUUUUUGUUUGCUUUUUCUGAACUGAUUUUAAAUGCAUAGAUUUAAAAAUGAUGCAUUGUGUUAAACAGCUGAGUGUACUGCAUUCGUAUUGGUCACUGAAAGCAAUAUUUAAUUAGCCUAAAUAUUUAUUAAAUAAACACAGGCGGAAGGGCUGUGUGAAUGAUAGUUGUUCUGUCUGUGCAGAUUCUGUGUGGGCCUGCUCAUUGGGUAUUAUUGACCAUUUCUCUUUGUUUCCAAAUGUAAGCUUUAGUUUUAGCAAACUGGGUGUUUUAGGUUUUUUCUUUUUUUUUUUUUCUUGUCUUGCUGCUGGAAUGUUUGAUGCAACUUGGCAAAAAUCAUGCAGGUUUUUUUUUUUUUGCGUAUAACUGCAAAGAGAAAAUAAGAUUGGGGAUAAAUAAAAUAAAAAUUAAAGGAAUAUUCCAGGUUCAAAACAAGUUAAGUUUAAUUAACAGCAUUUGUGGCAUAAUGUUGGUUACCAUAAAAAUACAUUUUGACUUGUCCCUCCUUUAUAGAAAAAAAGCACAAUCCGAGUUACAGUGAGGCACUUACAAUGGAAGUGAAUGUGGCCAAUCUGUAAACAUUAAAAUACUAUUUCAAAACUAAAGCCACAAGACAUAAAUAAUAUGCUGUUAACAUGAGAUUAGUGUGAUAAAAUUGCAUACUAAACUGUAAUGUUAUAGCAAAUUUUACAACUGCAUUGCCAUGACAACAUAAUGCCGGAAAUGCCUUUACAGGUCAAAUAAUACACCGGUUUUAACAGAAUUAAUGGAUGAUUUUAUAAAAUUAUAAGCUUCACAUUUCUGCCAUAAGCCCUCCAACAAAUUGGUCCAUUCACUUCCAUUGUAAGUGCCUCACUUUAAACCAGAUUUUUAGCCUUUUUUUUUUUUUUUUUUAAAGAAAAUGAGGGACUAAUCGAAUUAAAUUUUUGUGCUAAUCAACAUUAUGCCUCAUGUGGUUAAUUGAGCUUAAAUUGUUUUGAACCCAGAAUAUAAGUCUUAUGUAUUCUAAGCAACACCAUAAUGUUUUUUUGUUUUUUGUAAUAAUUCUUGAAAGAUUGGGAUUGGUUCAUGGGAAAUAGUUUUUAUUUAUUUUUUGUCUCUAUAUAGAGAGUUUUAGAGAAACUGUUAAGCAGUUGUCAGUAGCGGUACAUGAAAGCUUGUAUGUGGGUGUGAUCUUUGUUCCUUCUGCCUGUAUUUCACUGGUCCACACCUAUUGCUUUUAUUAUUUGAUGUCACUGGGUGCGUGGCUCAAAAAUCUUUUUUUGGUGCUUUUGUUUUGUAGGUAAUUGAUUGAUCUAUUUGUGCAUUGACGAGAGUAAUUUGACUGAUGGGGCAUAUUUAUUACAUAUGAUAAAUAUAUCAAGUUGGCACUGGAUGCUCAUGUCUCAAACUGGGAUUUUAAAGGAUUUGAUGCUUGGUAAACAACUUGUGGUUUAUUCAUAUCACAGAGAAAAAUUAUUCUCAACUUCAAAGCACUGGAAUGAUCAGAUGUAAUAAUCAUCACUUCACCUUUCUAUUCAGAAUAUCAUACACUACUGUAGUAUUUGAUGUUCUUUAACUUUCAGUCAACUGCAGAAUCUUUAGCUCUUACCUUUUUACCCCUAGAAGAUUCAUAUGUGUCUCUAUAAUACUGUUAUUGAGCCCCAUGUAGUUUUGUUUUUUUUCUUAUGGUGUGGAAAUGUAUUGUCAUACUUUUCUUUGUUGAGAUUUUUGACUUUCAUACAGUGUUUAUAUGAUUUGAUUUUAAGAUUCAUUGGUACGGUUAUUGUUGUAUUCUAUCUUGUCAAACAGGUUGUAAGAUUACUUAUUUUUAAAUGUGGAAAUAUACAAGGUGAAUUGAUAAAGCUUGUUCACCUCUUUGUUUCAGGCUGCAUGAAGUGAUGUUCAGGAACUUUCAGUAUAUUUAAUUACUCAAUAACAUUCAGUAUAUAUAGAGAGAGAGAGAGAGAGAGAGAGAGAUGCAGGCAGCAUUGUGUGGGGUCCAAGCUGAACCGAGAA